AGGGAGCAAAAACUAGGAAGGAUGAUGGUGUCAGAAACACAGGCUCAGGCGCCUCUACCUGUUAUUGAUUUCGCUGAUGAAAACAUGAAACCUGGUACUGACACAUGGGUUUCAUGUUGUAAAGUUGUGAGAAGUGCAUUCGAGGAUCACGGUGGAUUCCUAGCACUCUACGACAAGGUUGAUCCACUGCUCUAUGACUCUGUCUUCUCUUCAAUGGAACAACUCUUUGAUCUUCCAUUAGAAACAAAAAUGCAACCCACCACUGAUAAGCCUAUCUAUAGCUAUGCUGGUCAACGCCCUGAUAUUCCUUUGUAUGAAUCCAUGGCCAUUGACAACCCAUUAAGUGCAAAAGAUUGCCACAAGUACACAACUAUUAUGUGGCCACAAGGGAAUCACAGUUUCAGUGAAAGUGUCAGUUCCUAUACAAAGAAAGUGGCAGAAUUAGAUUACAUUGUUAAGAGAAUGGUGUUUGAAAGCUAUGGGCUGGACAAUCAGAAAUGUGAGUCUUUGAUUGAAUCAACUGAUUAUGUGCUCAGAUGCUACAAAUACAGAACACCGAAGGUGGGUGAGACCAAUGCAGGAGUGCAUCCUCAUACGGACUCAGGCUUCCUAACUAUUCUGAAUCAGAGGUUAAAUGGCUUAGAAAUACAAUUGAAGGAUGGAGAGUGGUUCCAGGUUGAUGCCUCACCUUCUAUGUUUGCUGUCUUGGCUGGUGAUGCAUUCAUGGUUUGGAGUAACGACAGGAUACGAGGAUGUAUGCACCGAGUAUUCAUGAAUUCAAAUGUAGACAGAUACUCCUUAGGGUUGCUUUCAUAUGCUGGUAAGGUGAUGGAGCCACAGGAAGAGCUAGUGGAUGAGGAACAUCCUCUUCGUUACAAACCAUUUGACCAUUAUGGAUAUCUUCGUUUCUUUCUCACUGAAGAAGCUGUAAAAUCUGCAUCUCGGAUCAAAGCAUAUUGUGGUGUUUGAGGUGCACAAAUUAUGUAUGAUGAUAGUGUAUGUACGGUCUCUAUGAUAUGAAUAUAUCACAAAGUUAAAAUGUGUAUGCGUAUUUUGGUGACUACUUUAUGUUGUGUGUUUGUGGAAUAAAAAUCUUAAGUUUCU